ACUAGUAAGGAAGAAAAAGAAAGAGUCAAAACUAGACCCAAAAUGCAGAAGAUAUCAAUCCUUCUCUUUUUCUUCAUACUUCCCUUGGCAUUUGCUGACCUGCAGGUUGGGUUUUAUGGUUCUACCUGCCCCAAAGCAGAGUCCAUUGUGAAGCAAGCAGUGCAGAAGCGAUUCAAUCGUGACAAGUCCAUAACAGCAGCAUUGCUCCGUAUGCAUUUCCAUGACUGUUUUGUUAAGGGUUGUGAUGCAUCCCUACUCAUUGACUCCACCAACACCAGCACAGGAGAAAAAGAAACCGGCGCAGACGCCAGCGUUCGAGGCUACGACCUGAUCGACGAGGCAAAGAAAAGCCUUGAAGCAGCCUGUCCUUCAACAGUGUCAUGUGCAGACAUCAUAGCACUAGCAACCAGAGACACCGUGGCCUUAUCAGGAGGGCCCAAAUACAAUGUCCCCACCGGAAGACGCGACGGACUAGUCGCUAAUAGCGAUGUUGAUUUGCCGGGACCAACCACCCCAGUCUCCCAAGCACGGAGCAUAUUUGCUAAUAAGGGCUUAACAACUGAAGAAAUGGUUACCCUUUUAGGAGCACACACGGUUGGUGUUGCGCACUGCGGUUUCUUUUCAGGUAGGCUCUCAAGUUCAGGAACACCUGAUCCUACAAUGGAUCCUGCAUUGGAUGCUAAGCUUGUGAAAUUGUGUAAGUCAGCUGGUAAUCCUGCUGCAUUUUUGGACCAGAACACUUCUUUCAUUGUUGAUAACCAGUUCUAUAAGCAGAUUCUUCUCAAGAGAGGGAUAAUGCAGAUUGAUCAGCAGCUUGCUUUGGAUCCAUCUACUAAGCCUUUUGUUUCUGGUUUCGCCGCGAAUGGUGCCAAGUUUCAGAAGAGUUUUGCAAAUGCUUUGAUAAAGAUGGGGAAAAUUGGAGCUCUGGUUGGAAAUCAAGGAGAAAUUCGCAAAAAUUGCAGGGUCUUCAACAAGGGCAGCUAGAUUGCAAUGUUGGGAGUGUGCAUAUCAAGAGAAUUCGUUUUCUUCAUUUCCCUUUUUUGUUUUGUUGGACUAUCAUUCAUGUAAAGGCACAGUGAUCAAUUUGUAUUCCGUUAUUGUUAGUUGAUUAUUUUGGAAAUGUUAACAAGAAAUGCCCACAUAUAUUAUCUUGCUUAUGCAAGAGCUUGGAAAA